UUAUUUUGAGGGUGGAAGAAUGAAGAGGGAACGCGGGAUGCGGAGGCCAUCUUAAAUUGUGGGUGCUGUUUUCCAUUCGUUUCUGAGACGUAAAUGUAACGGACUUACCGUUGCAUCUCCGCGCCUCCAAUACCCAAACAGUGAACACACACACACACACCUCUUUCUCUCUGUACAUCAACGCAUCCUAAAACCAUACAUUAUAUUACCUAACAUCAUCAUCAUCAUCAUCAUCUGCACCUUGUCCCAGAAAUCAAACAAACAAUUCUCUCUCUUGAAUCAAAGCAACUAAAUUAACAUUUUCUUAAAAUGAUGGUCUCGUGAGAUUUUAGCCCCAUCUCCAUUUAGCAGUGGGCCAAGAAGGAACUUGGAUUUGAUUUCUUGGCCCUCCAAAGUUUAAAUACAUAUAUAUAAUUUAGCUGCUCUUUUCUGAUCAAUGGGGAUAUCAUCUGACAAUGUUCACGGACUUGUUUUGGCCGUUUCAUCAAGCGUUUUCAUUGGGACUAGUUUUAUAAUCAAGAAGAAAGGUCUUAAAAAGGCAGGAACUACAGGAACCAGAGCAGGAUCGGGAGGGUAUUCGUACUUGUCUGAACCUUGGUGGUGGGCUGGAAUGUUAACUAUGAUUGUUGGGGAGAUAGCAAAUUUCGCUGCUUAUGCAUAUGCUCCUGCAAUUCUUGUAACUCCCUUGGGAGCUUUAAGUAUUAUCUUCAGUGCAGUGCUAGCUCAUUUUAUUUUGGAGGAGAAAUUGCAUAUCUUUGGUGUGCUUGGAUGUGUUCUCUGUGUGGUUGGCUCGACAACUAUUGUUUUGCAUGCUCCUCAAGAGAGAAAUAUACAUUCUGUUAAGGAAGUGUGGCAACUAGCUACAGAGCCAGGAUUCAUUGUCUAUGCUUGCAUAGUUGUGAUUCUGGCUGCUGUCCUCAUGUUUCGGUAUGUGCCGCGCUAUGGGCAAACCCAUAUGGUCGUCUACAUUGGAAUUUGUUCUCUCAUGGGCUCUCUUACGGUUAUGAGUGUGAAAGCACUAGGGAUUGGUUUGAAGCUUACAUUUUCUGGAAUGAAUCAAUUUAUUUACUUCCAGACAUGGUUUUUCACGGUGGUUGUAGCAGUGUGUUGUCUUCUGCAGAUCAACUACUUAAACAAGAUGCCAUCUUUGCAGGCCUUGGAUACCUUCAACACUGCUGUCGUAUCUCCAGUUUACUAUGUCAUGUUUACAUCUCUCACCAUUCUUGCCAGCAUGAUUAUGUUUAAGGAUUGGGACUCACAAAAUGCAUCACAAAUUGCAACUGAGUUGUGCGGCUUUGUCACAAUAUUAUCAGGGACAUUUCUCCUUCAUAAAACCAAGGAUAUGGGUAAUAUUACACCACCCCCUGUUUUUUCAAGCCCAAGCCACCGCAGUUCAAAUUCUGGAUAAAAACAUUUUU